AUGUCGAACCAGAAUUACUACGGCGGUGGUGGCGGCGGCUACCCCCAGCAGCCUAGCUACGGCCAACAGUCUGGUUACGGAGGUCAACAACAAGGCUAUGGUGGCCAACAAGGCUACGGACAGCAGCAGCAGGGCUACGGCCAACAACAGGGUUACGGUCAACAAGGCGGCUACCCUCAGCAGCAGCAAUACGGCCAGCAGCCCAACUACCAAGGCGGCAACCAAAGCCAAUACAACCAGCAACAACCAUCAUACGCCCAGCCCCAGCAAGGCUACAACCAGUACGACAACCGCGGCCACUCGCCCCAACCGCCCCAGCAAUACGGUGGCCACUCCGGUGGUGCGGCCGCCGACUACGCAUCCGGUGCUCCUCACCAGGGCCAAUAUGCCACCGGUCCCACUGGCCCCGGCGGUCCAGGCGGCCCCGUAGGCCCAGACGGUGAACGCGGUCUCGGAGCAACCCUCGUUGGCGGCGGUGGUGCCGCCUGGGCCGCUCACAAGGCCGGCGGAGGAUUCAUCGGCACGGCUGGCGCUGCUAUUGCAGGUGCCAUUGGCGCAAAUGUGCUGGAGAAUGCGUUUGAGAAGAAAAAGAAGAAGAAGAAGAACAAGCACGGUGGUAGCCGUGGUCUCAAGGAUAGUAGCAGCAGCAGCGAUUCCGACUAA